UGAAUACAAUUUCCACCAGACCUAUUUGCUGCCAUGAACGCUCUUGCUGCAACCAACCGCAACUUCCGCCAAGCGGCUCGCAUUCUUGGCUUGGAUUCCAAAAUUGAAAAGAGUCUUCUCAUUCCUUUCAGAGAAAUUAAGGUGGAAUGCACAAUUCCCAAGGAUGAUGGAACGUUAGUUUCCUAUGUUGGAUUUAGAGUGCAGCAUGAUAAUGCUCGUGGUCCUAUGAAAGGCGGAAUUAGAUACCAUCCUGAGGUUGACCCUGAUGAGGUAAAUGCCCUUGCUCAACUGAUGACUUGGAAGACCGCUGUAGCUGACAUUCCAUAUGGGGGAGCUAAAGGUGGAAUAGGCUGUAACCCAAAGGAUUUAAGUGUGAGCGAGUUGGAGCGACUUACUCGUGUUUUCACACAGAAAAUUCAUGAUCUAAUUGGAGUUAAUACUGAUGUGCCUGCACCUGAUAUGGGCACUAAUGCGCAGACUAUGGCCUGGAUUUUGGAUGAGUAUUCAAAAUUUCAUGGUCACUCACCUGCAAUUGUCACUGGAAAACCAAUUGAUCUUGGAGGGUCAUUGGGAAGAGAAGCUGCGACAGGACGUGGUGUCGUCUAUGCUACAGAAGCUUUGCUUGCUGAAUAUGGGAAGCAUGUUAAGGAUUUGACUUUUGCAAUUCAGGGAUUUGGAAAUGUAGGAGCGUGGGCAGGAAAGCUCAUUCAUGAGAGAGGUGGCAAGGUAGUUGCAGUGAGUGACAUAACUGGAGCGGUCAAGAACCCCAAUGGGCUUGAUAUACCAGCUUUGCUUAGUCAUAAAGAAAAAACAGGAAAGCUCAUCGAUUUUGCUGGUGCGGAUGUGAUGAAUUCUGAUGAAUUGCUAACACAUGAAUGUGACGUUCUCAUCCCUUGUGCUUUGGGAGGAGUUUUGAACAGAGAAAAUGCUGAUAAUGUCAAGGCCAAAUUCAUUAUAGAAGCAGCAAACCAUCCUACUGAUCCAGAUGCUGAUGAGAUUUUAUCGAAGAAAGGAGUAGUAAUACUUCCAGACAUCUAUGCCAACGCUGGAGGUGUGACUGUCAGCUAUUUUGAAUGGGUUCAGAAUAUUCAAGGAUUUAUGUGGGAUGAGGAGAAGGUUAAUAGAGAGCUUAAGAAAUACAUGACAAGAGCCUUUCAUAACCUCAAGGGCAUGUGCCAUUCACAUAAUUGCAAUCUUCGGAUGGGUGCGUUCACAUUGGGGGUGAAUCGUGUUGCACGUGCCACUCAAUUAAGAGGUUGGGAGGCAUAAUGACACUUUUUUCACAGCACAAAGUACUCAUCCUGCAGCAGAUCAUUCGCAUCUCUUUCUUUCAAGUACGAACCAUAGAAUGUUCUACGAACUGAAAUGUGUACUUGAGACAUUUUAAUCAUAAAUUGAGUCGUCAAUUACUUGGGAUUUUAUGUAUUUUUCAUUUGGGAACUUGGAGCCAUUUGGCCCCUGUCGCCAUUUUCUUAUGAGUUCAGGUGCUUAUCCGUUUUUUCUCUCAUCUUCUAGCAUGAGGAUUGCCUGUUAUGGAGUAACAUGUACUAAGGGCAUGUUGAAUGCAUAUUAUUGCAUUGGUUUAUCUUUA